UGGAGACUCUCCGAUGGUCACAUUAGAGGUGAUGUCAUUGGCGAGCGGACAUCUCUACACUGUCGCUUUAAUUUCAGUGCAGUCCAGGGGGCAGGAUCGCUUUUUCCUUUUUAACCCUCUUCUCCUGGGCUCUGAGCGUUUGCGCCAACCGCAGCAGCAGCAGAUUGAAUGAAGUGUGUUUGCAGGCAGCUGGGCACACGGAGGACGCCGUGCUGCUUCGUCCGGGAUGCUAGACUACAGCCAGCAUCAUUAUUUUUCAGCUCUUAACGGGGCGGAUUUUUAGGCUCGGUGCAUUUUCCCAGCAGCCACAUUUUUAAGAAGGUGCAGGCCCUUAAGAAACCGUCCUCUCAUCGCCUUGAUGGUAUCUGGACUGCAGCGCUCAAGCGACUGGCAGCUCCACAGCACGGCUGAUUAAGAACUUGGGGAAGGGAAAUGGUCAAGAUGGCAGCUGUGCGUGGAGUGAUGAAACUGAUGUGGUGGCAUUAGAUGCAGCGUGCGUGUACAUUUAAGAUUUUUCCCUUUGUCAUGCAGGAUCGCCGUGCGGGACGCGGACGCUUGUGAAGGAACGCCGUUUUGGAUUCCUCCGAGACUCCGCGGACUCUUCACGUCUUUUCACUCCACAGUUCGCGAAAUUGCAAUGCAUGUUGGCCAGGGUGUGGGCUUAGCACGACAAAAGGCGAUGUUUUGGUGAUUGUGGUGAGCUCCAGCUGCUCCGUGUGCUGCGGACGGACGCCGUGCAGGAGGACUGAUAGACGGACACGUGCUGGGACCGAGCUGCAGGCAGGGACACUUGCAUAUCUUGCAUAGUAAAUAAACUGUCCACGAAGCCUGCACGCAACAUUGAUGGAAUGCGACCCGAGUGAUUUUAUAACCCUUUGUGCAACCCCCGACAAAUUACGAUCAACAUGGCUGAGGCGUCGCGCAGCGGCAACGAGCCGCCUCUAAACGUUGAGAUAGAUCCGGAUUUCGAGCCCCAGAAGCGGCCACGGUCCUGCACUUGGCCCCUGCCCCGUCCUGAAUCUGGUGCGGGCAAGCCCGGGGCAAAUGACACUGACGUAAUCCCCGAAGAGGAGGAUGAUGAGGGUGGGAGCACGGAGAGCGGCGCUGCUCAGAAAGCCAGCGGCGGCGCUGUUAAAACCCGAGAGCCGAGCAGCAACAGCUCCAUCUCCCAGCCGGUGGAGGUCCAGCGGGGCCCCUGCAAAGAGGAGACCGCCGACGGCUCGCCGUCCUCGGCGCAAACCCCCGCAGCAGCUCUGGGCGGUUCUGCCACCCAGCAGCUGAGGAAGUCCUCCGCCCGCAGGAAUGCCUGGGGCAACUACUCCUAUGCAGACCUCAUUACCCAAGCCAUCGAGAGCUCCCCUGAGAAAAGGUUGACCUUGUCCCAAAUCUAUGAGUGGAUGGUGAGAUCCGUGCCAUAUUUCAAGGACAAAGGCGAUAGCAACAGCUCUGCUGGCUGGAAGAAUUCCAUCCGACACAAUCUUUCCCUCCAUAGCCGUUUUGUGAAAGUCCAGAAUGAAGGAACUGGGAAAAGCUCCUGGUGGAUGGUCAACCCAGAAGGUGGGAAAGGAGGUAAAGCUCCCAGACGUAGGGCUGUGUCGAUGGACAACAGCAAGUACAUCAAAGGAGCCCGAGGACGUGCCACAAAGAAAAAAGCCUCAUUGCAGGCUGCUCAAGAUGGGAGCUCUGAGAGCUCCUCGAGCCUCUCCAAAUGGACAGGAAGUCCCACCUCCCGCAGCAGCGACGAGCUCGAUGCCUGGACAGACUUCCGCUCUCGGACCAAUUCCAACGCCAGCACGCUCAGCGGUCGUCUGUCCCCAAUCCUGGCUAACCUGGAGCUGGAUGAGGUACCUGAUGACGACUCACCCCUGUCGCCAAUGCUGUACUCCAGCCCCAGCAGCAUGUCUCCGUCCACUGGACCAACAGGACUGUCUGAUCUGGCAGGCACUAUGAACCUCAAUGACGGGCUCUCUGACAACCUGAUGGAUGAUCUUUUAGACAAUAUCAGCCUCACAGCAUCCCAGCAGCCUCCUCCUGGAGAGGAAGAUGGGGCCAACAGUCAGGGGAGUUCAGUAUUUACCUUCAGCUGCUCAGGAAGCAGUUUAGGUAGUCCCUCUAGCAGCUAUGGGACAAACCCACUCUUCAGCCCUCCGUCCAUCACGAGCCUGCGACAGUCACCCAUGCAGACCAUCCAAGAGAACAAGCAGACCACUUUCUCCUGCAUGUCUCACUACAGUGAGCACCAGGCCCUAGAUCUGCUUGGGAUGGACUCCCACAGCCACAGCAAUGUCAUGAUGACCCAGUCCGACCCUCUGAUGUCGCAGGCCAGCACCGCCAUCGCUCUGCAGAACUCCCGCCGAAAUGCCAUGCUGCUCCGCAAAGAUCACAUUCUGGUUAACCACACCAGUGCAGGCCAGGCCCAAAGCUCUUCAGUGCCUGGUUGGCAAGCGGGCUUGUCAACCUCUGACAGUGACGAUGGCCACCCUGAAACCAAGCAGCUACACCUGAAGUCUCCUAGUAAGAAUGCCUCUAUGCAGCUCAGUUCCAGUUUAACCAGUCAGGACCGUUUCUCCGCUGAUCUGGACCUCGAGGUGUUCAGCAGCAAUCUGGACUGCGACAUGGACUCCAUCAUCCGCAAUGAACUGAUGGACGCAGAUUGCCUGGACCUCAGCUUUGACUCUCGCUUCACCUCCACACAGAACGGCAACAAGAAUUCAGGAAGCUUCUCCAGCUCGAAACAGAGCCCUCAGAGCUGGGUGCCGAGCUGAGGAGCUGUCAGAAGUAAGGAAGGUGUAAAUUUGGGUUAAUUGUCCUGCGUUGUGCAACUAGAGGGAAGGAAGGUAUGUAAGCGUUUCAGUAGACUUUCUACCUAUUUUUCAUUUGCGGCAUUAACUUCAGUACUGUACUGUAGGUGUCUGAGACAAAACAACGGUGUCUUCACAGUGAAGACAAAAAAUAAUUGUUUCAAAAGAUCAAUGCCUGGCCAGUAUGAACAAACGGUACUGAGUGGAAUGAAACUACAGUACCUUCAGUUAAAACUACAUGGAUCAACUCGUAUUAGUCUCAGGGAUUCACUCAUAUCACAAAGUAAUACAUAAAACUGAAAAUGAAGUGUUUUCAUCCUGCUUUCUCUCCUCUUUCACACCCUUUCAUACCCAAAACAUUUUUUGCCAAACCAGCUGUCAGCCUGACUGAUGGCCUGUUUACAAAAAACUGCAGAGAAUGUUACAUUACUACGUUCCAGUGGAGGAUACUUGACAAGCUGCUUUUUUUCUGUUUUUUAAAGAUUUCUUUGAGACGUAGCCUAAAUGGACAAACAGUUUUUUAAAAGCUUUCCCUCCCCAUUGAUGCACCAAUUCACACCAAAUAUCAGUAUGUAAUGUUAUCAAGAUGUGAACUGCUCUACAUGAUGUGUUUUUUGUAUGCAGUGUUUUUUCAAUUUAUUUUUAUUUUUUGUAGCAAAUUUUACCCUGUGAUUUUUAAGUGACAUUACUGUGAAUUCUGUUCCCUCUGAAGAGGUCCAUUACUGAAGUAUUGAUGAUGUUUCUGCUGCAGAUCCCUUUUUAGGUCCCUCCUCUUCCACUCACUGCAAUAUUGGAAGUACUGCUCUGUAUACAGACCUUAGGACUGAGUUAAGGACACGAUUUAGUUCUAGUUACCACUUUUUAGUUGUCAAACACUUGGGACUACUUGGGUUGAAAUAACCACAUUCAGUGACUCGCAGCGCUCUACAACUACACCAGUUUUGGCGUUGAUUUGAUGGAGUUCUUGGUGCUCUAAAUCUAAAGAUAGCAGGGAGUGGCUGCAGAUGAAGCACCGUCAGUAGCCUCUCCUUUGUUAUCAGCACUAUAGCAGGUGCUGGGUGACAUGUUUUCAACACUGGGAGGGUGUGUAGUAUCUUGGAGUUUUCUUUUUUCUUUGUAAUGAAAGAAAUGACCACAGUAUCUUAAAUAUUGCCAAAGUUUAUCUGCAUUUAAAUAAGUGGAAAGAGGCUACACAGUGCAUAGCUAAUCAGAAGUGUGUGAUUAUAAGGGCAAAAAAUCUACAUCAGCACAAUUCUGUAGGAACAGCAGGAUGCUUUUUAAAAUUGUUUACAUUUUUAAUUUUUUUUUUUUUUUAAUUAUCAGGAGUGUUUUAGUAAAUUUGUCAUGUUGGAUCAUUGUAAAAACACAUUUGGUUUAUUUAUUGCGAUACUUGUUGCCAUUGUUCCUCCAUGCACAUUUGGUUAGGGCUGUUUUCAUUGCUCUGUUCACUGGGUGAUCACUUGCACAACAAAUGAAAGGGUCCUUUGAGAAAUGUUUAACAGUGUUGAGUUAACCAGAUUAAAUAAUUCUCAUUGGCUUAACCUUUUAACACAUUUCUGCACAGCUGUGCUUCCACUUUUUCUUUUUUCUUUUUUUCUUUUUUUUCUUUUUUUUUUUUUUUUUUUUUUUAAGUUGACUGAUUUUUACGGUCUGCGUUAAGGUUUAAAUUUCACUGCCAAUCUCCACAUUUCAUACCUUCCUAUUGCUCCUACAAAAAAAACCAUGAAGUUGACAUUUCCACUUGUAAAGCAAACACUUGGUUUUAUCAGAGCUGGUGCAUGUAAAUAAAGC